AUCGGUUCUAGGCUACGGAGGACACCGCGGAAAAAACGUAGCAGCAGCAGCAGCACCACAAACCCCACGCCGAGAUUUCGUCUCCCCGCUGCGCUAAAACUGCGCGACGAAAGCGGCCCACGACUAUGCCCGGUGCGGCGUUAAAGUGCGGGACGACCACUUGACAGGCCUGGGCGAGGUCUGAGCGGUUGCCGGGAGGGGAAAUACAUUUCUUCAUAUGGGAGAAGCAUGCGGGAAAUGGUCGGAGGUUGCUGCGUGUGUUCAGACGAGCGAGGCUGGGCUGAGAAUCCGCUGGUUUACUGUGAUGGACACGGCUGCAGCGUCGCCGUCCACCAAGCAUGCUAUGGCAUUGUCCAGGUGCCCACCGGACCAUGGUUCUGUCGGAAGUGUGAGUCACAGGAGAGAGCGGCGCGCGGACGGUGUGAGCUGUGUCCACACAAAGAUGGUGCCCUCAAACGAGUCUCUCCGUCAGGCUGGGCCCACGUUGUGUGUGCGCUCUACAUCCCUGAGGUGCAGUUUGCCAACGUCCUCACCAUGGAGCCCAUCAUCCUGCAGUACGUCCCGCAUGAGAGAUACAUCAAGACCUGUUAUAUUUGUGAGGACCACGGGAGGGAGAGCAAGGCUGCCUGUGGAGCCUGCAUGACCUGCAACAGACAGGGCUGCAGACAAGCUUUCCAUGUCACCUGUGCUCAGAUGGCAGGUCUGCUGUGUGAGGAGGAAGGCCCAGAAGCUGACAACGUUAAAUACUGCGGCUACUGCAAGCAUCACUAUAACAAAAUGCAAAAGAAGUUGCGCUCCAGUGAAAAUACAAGCAGCACGUUCAGUCAUUCCAGGGGGCGCUCCAGCUCUCCAUCACAGGACAAACACCACCACCACAGACAGAGGAAGAGUCACAAGGACAAGAUUCGGCAAAAAGAGCGCCACAAGAAGUCCUCCGACAGCCUGGGCUCUUCAGUGACCACCAGCAGUAUAGAAAAGAUAUCCUCCAGUCACCACAGCAACAAGGACAAUGAGGGAAAACCUAAGAAGCUGAGCUCACACAGCCAUGGUCAUCGCAGUAAGAAGACAGGAAGCACUGGCAAGAGCUGCUCCUCCUCCUCCUGCUCCUCCAGUCCAUUCAACACAGGUGGCUCCCUGUCUUCCGCUCAGGACUUCCAUCAGUUCUCAUCGUCCUCCCGCCUGGAGCGCGACCACGACCGAGGCGGUGACGACCACAGCGGUGAGGAGCGCAAGGAGCGUCACAGGAGGCCAGCCGUCCAGGAAGACGAGGACGAAGAGGACGAUGAAAAGGAGGAGGAAAAAGAUGAAGAAGAGGAAGAGGAGGAGGAAGAGGACAGUAAAUUCCACAAGCCACCAGCUUUGACUCCUGCUGAUGGCCCACUGGCAGGGUCACAGGGUCACGACAGGUUGGAGGGCAACUCGAGCCCUCACAAGGCAGGAGUCCACCGGAUUUCCACCUUUGGGUCCAUUAUGCGCAUCACCACCUCAUCUGGGCUGGGCAGCAGCAGCAAGAUCCGGAAGAUCUCCUCCUCAGGGGACUACAAACCCUCCAAGUCUCUCUGUAAACCAUCUCAGCUGAGCACGCCGCCUAUCCUGGAGGAGGCAGACCUGGAGGACAAAGCCACGCCCCCGCCGCUGCCAAGAGAGAGGAGGCACCGCGGCAACAAGAAGAGCAGCCACGGCCCAGGGCGCCCGCGGGGCAGCAAGAACCGGGAGAGGAGGGAAGAGGAGCAUCACCACCACCAUCACCACACAGCGCCGCCUCCUCCUCCAGCCUUAACCUCCUCACUCUACCCAAGUCCAUCCUCCAUCCCCCACCCCGCCUUCCCCUCCACGCUUCCUGCCACCACCCUCUCUUUCUCUUCCUCUUCUUCCUCUUCUUUCUCCUCCUCCUCUGCCGGCAGUUUUUCCACAAGCCGUGGCAUCUCACUGCUCGGCUCCGGUAUCUACUCCAGUCUCAAGGACCCUCUCACGCUGGGCGGGGGUGUCUGCAGUACCCCUCUCUCCCUGGGUGGAGGGGUGUGUAGCACCUCCUUGUCCCUGGGAGGGGGUAUGUGUAGCACCCCUCUCUCCUCAGGACUCCUUCAAUCCCACGUCUCCCCACUUCCACUUCCGUCAGUAAGCGCUGUCUCAAACACACAGGUCCAUCCAGGUUCCAGCACCUCCUAUAGCCUGACCUCCACUCAGCCUUUCGCCAGCUGUCUCCCCACAGCCCAGACACUGCCGCCACUACUGAGCCAAGCCCAGACCUCACUGCCAGAGUCCGACCUCGAUGACUGUCGCUUCCCAUGUCAGGGGAACUCACCGAGAGAGAGUCUUUCUUCACAGUCUCCUAUGAGCUGUCUUCCUCUUCUGUUUGACCAGAGAGAUGGUUUGGGUGCAGGAGUCAGAGCCCGUCCUGAGAACGUCCCUCCAGCCAGCUCUCACAUUGAGCUUCUGUUGGAGAAGCAUGGCAACGGAGAAAUGGGAGUCAACAUUGUAGAGAUGCUCCAGUCACUCCACUCCCUGCAGCAGGAGAACCAGCGCCUCCAAGAUCAGAUCCUCAGCCUGACGGCCAAGAAGGAGCGGCUGCAGCUGCUCAACACAGAGCUGGCCGUGCCUUUCCCUCCACACAUCCUUUCCGCCCAGGGCUCCAUGCACACCUCUGCACAGAUCAACUUCCUAUCAUCCAUCCAAGACCCCCUGAGCACCAAUAAAAGUCCCCUGUCGAAAAGCUGCUUCCUGAAUGACACCUCCUUUGUUACCUCGUCUGAGGAGCUCCACUCUGGUAGUCCUUCCCGCAGUAGCUCUUCCCUCUCCUUUCAGAGCACUCCUCCUCCUCAGCAAAGCCCCGCCUCCUUCGGCCAGCCCCUGCUGAACGGCCUAAGCCGAGGUUUGAACGAUGGUCUGGGGGCCAUCAGUCAAGCCGGCAGCUCCUCUUUGCCCGUGGUGGGCGGGCUCAUGGCAUCGCUCACAGGAAGUCCUCAACUGAACAUGAACGGUGUGCUGGGCAGUCUGAACGGCGUGAUCCAGUCUCCUGUGCAGAACGCCCCUCAGCCCACACUCCCCGCUCUGCGACCCCAGCCUCCACCUCUCAACCCCCAGGCACUGGCACAGGGCUUUCAGCUUCCCAAGAGUGCCAGCCCGUCUUCUCUCCUGUCCGAGCAGCAGAAGCAGCUUCUUCUCGAGCAGCAGCAGCAACAGCAGCAGCUCCAGCAGUUCCUCGCCUCACAGAACUUCACUCCUGAGCAGCAGGUGGUGGUGUGCCAGAUGCUGCAGCAGCAGAGACAGAGGGAACUGCAGCGCCUGACAGGAGCACUCACCUCCACCCCAAACUCACCCAUGAUCGCCCAGUCCCCCAGCCUGCUGUCCUCAGCCACAGCCUCACCCCUGCAGGGCGGCCAGGGAGGCAGCCUCUUUGGCCUGCAGGACAACGCACUUCACAAGCCCGGGACUGCAGGAGAGAAAGGUGGAGACAAGAACGGGUGACGUUUCUCGAUUUCACAGGAGCAGCUCACACGAAGAUACGGGGCGUCACAGCCCACUUGAAGAACUGAGGUCAACUUACAUGACUUUUGAACGUCUUUCCUUCUCUGUCAUCUUUAUCUUACACCCUCUUUUAUGAAUGUAUAACAGGAUGGACUUAAACGUCAAGGUGAAGUUUUUCGUGUUUUGGAAUUCUUUAUAUCAGAGGUUCUUCUCGUAGGUUUUUGUAUAGGCAGCUUUCAGAGAGCAUGAAUACGAUGGUCUCUUGUUAAAUUGCACUAAUUUGUUAGCUAGACCAAUGGGGCUGCUUAUGAAGGCAGAGUUCCUGCUCGUCCCUGCAGGUGCUGUGUAAGGCUUUUGGAUCGAAGUGUGAACUCAAAGUCGGAGCGUCUCUGACUUCUCAAGCACUGACCAAUCAUGAUUUGAGUUUCCAUUCGGUCAGUGAGAAUCACAGAUUUCUGCCACUUCUUGCAACCUCAACUGUCUUCCUCGAUAUUUUGUCUUCCCUUUGUGUUCACCCCACCCACAUUUCAUCCAGAUCUUCUAUAUGUUGCAUCUUCUCACAUGCACUUAUUAUGUAAUGGGUAAAUAUACUGUCAUUUUUGAUGUGCGGUUAGUGGCAUUUCAAUAUUAAGCUAGUUAUUACCUCAGAUCUUUCUGCCACCUACUUUCCAUUGUUGAAGUUUUGUGCUGACUCAUUGCCGCAAUAGCCUUCACUGGAUAUAAAUGCCCACCAAAAAAUCUUGGUGUUAACUCUAAGGUAUGUAAAUUUAAAAAAAAAAAAAAAGGCACAGAACCCACGUGUCCAAAAUGGCGUCCACUAGAGACUGGCACCAACAUGAACGUCGAGCACCAGAUUUUAUUCCAAAUCACCACAAGAGUUUGUAAAGACUUUUAUAUCCUUCCAGUUGCUAUCGAGAUUAAGCAGACGAAACCAAACAUUUGGAAGUUGUAAGUAAGAAAUUAAUUGUUUUUCCUAAACAAGUGUGCACUUUGCAUGUUAGUAGCUAACAGAGCAAAUUAGCCAUUAAACACAGUACCUUAUAAAGGAUGCUUGGUACUUACUAGGCCACUAGGGACUGACAGGUUUUGAUUUAUGUGAGUAUUUUGCACUCCUAUUCUUCCUUAAGUGUCCGUUUUUUGUGUUCCUUUCAUAUACAGAUAUUCUUUUCAUGUUCACCAACUAGUUGUUCUUUUAGCAAUACUGGAUAGAUAAUGCCUUAAUGAUGUUAUAUAUACAGAGAAAACCACAGCCCAAAGGCUUACCCUCUUGUCGUCUUUCUUUGAUUUGUUUUUUUAUCUGGGGUACCUGGAGUGGUACAUUAGUAAAGCGAAAGCACUCUUCUUAAACCCAUUUAUACUUUUGAUAGCUGACUGAUGAUUUCAAGAGUUGAAAUGUGUGAAUAACCGUAUAGUGGUAACUGAAGUGUCAAAUCAUUUUCUAUUGUAAUUUUUGUGUUCAGAUGCAAUGUUCUUUAGUUGUUUGUGCUUCAGAGAACUGAGAAACAAGGACUUAUUGAGAAUCUGACCGUAAAGCUUGCACAGCGGCGUCAUAGGAGACGCCUGCUGUGUACGGACAAGAUGUUAACUAUUAUUAAAGUGCCGUGGCAGCAGUGUAUGAUACAUGUAGCUGUUAUCAGCUGAGCAGAGGUGAAUUGCCAAUGUUGUUACUGUUGACCUUUACUGCAGGCCCGCAAGCCAACGUAGUGACUUUGAUAGGCGUCUCUUUCCUUCCACUCCACUCUAUAAUACGAUGCCUCAGUUUUACUAACAAAGGCCACUCAUAAAGUAAGUGAUUAUUUCACCAUGUUUUCUCCUGUGUUCUUUAACAAUAUUAUCAUAGGACUUUUCAAAUAUUUCUGUUUGCAAUCUUGAACAUGAUCUCCCAUACAUGUGAUACCUUGAGUGCUAGGUCGUUUUAUUAGCAGCUAUAAUGUAGAGGUCAGAAAGGAACUUCAAGCAGCUCACUAGUUGGUGAUAAAUACUGUAGCAAUGACAGAAGGAGAAUGUUGAUUAUGUUGAUAAAGACAUGAGCCAACGCGCUGACAUGACUCCAAGUGGGAGGUCUGCAAUCUACCAAGUAUGUCUUUAUUAUGUAAGUCCAGACACACAACCAUGUCCAAGAGAUUGACUGAAGAGUGCGAAGGAUUUCUGAAGCGGUUUCUUUCUCAUGUUGCACUGGGGCGCUUUGGGCCCAAUUGUAAAUCGUUUUUUAGUACCUUUUCAAUUUUGUUGGAAUACAAGUUGUAUACUUUAAUAUGUUUGUGUAAAAACACAUUCAUUCUUUUAAGCUUUGAAGUUUGGGUAACCAAGAUAAUCCAUGUUCUGAAUGUCGUACUGUGUAUCUUUUAUGUAUUACAACAUUUAAGCACUUGGCUCUGGAUGAGGUCUGAUGGAGAGCGAGUUACCCAUUGGGAUAUGAAUUGCAUGAAAUGCAGUGACGUCUCUCAAAUGUAUUGCUAAAUACCAAGUAAUAACUAUGCAUAAUUUUAAAUGCAUUGUUCCCUGAAAAAAAGAAAUUAAAUGAAAAGAGCACUGAAUUUUAAAAAGGACAAGCAUGUUUGUCAUUGUACAGUGUAUUUGUUUGAGAGAAUUGAUUGAAACGAAUUUGACAAUAUUCAGAUUAAAAGCCCUGUAAAGUAUUUUGAUAUUUUUGUGUGUAAAAUUAAAAGGACGGAUUAAGACAACUUUUUUUGUCAAUAAAUGUAUUUUACUGA